AUGCUCACAGAAGCUGGCAAGAAGAAGGCUGAUGUUGUAAUUAUACACAUACCUAAAAGCUUUUCACCAUCAUGUCUGUGGCUGCUUGAGCAACAACUGCCUGGAGCUCUGCCCAUCACCACGCCACACAAAACUGAAGAAAUUAAAGACUUCCUGAUCACAGCCAGGAGGAAGGAUGCAGAAUCUGUUAAUAUCAAAAAGAACAAAAACAUGAAAUUCAAGAUCUGCUGAAGCCAGUACCUAUACACACUGCUCAUCACAGACAAGGGACUUGGCUACACUGCCAUGCCCAAGGAGAAGACUGAGAAACUGAAGGAGUCCCAGCCACCUGGUUUGGCUGUGAAAGAACUGAAAUGA